AUGUCAUCAUAUCUCCAACGGCCCUAUCACAGACUUGAUGUUUAUACAAUUCUUUGGUAUUAUACUGGAUUUGGUCGAUGCGACGAUGAUUUUAUUGAUCGUCUAUCACGUCUUUAUUCUGUGCUUUUAUUUUCAAUAUUUGUUCUCAUUGUAUCUUCGAUUCAAUUUGUUGGAAAGCCAAUAUCAUGUUUUACUCCAGCAUCAUUUACUGAUGCUCAUAUAACUUAUACAGAUUUUGUCUGUUGGAUAUCGAAUACAUAUUUCAUUUCCAUGGAUAAAGAUAUUCCCGAAGUCAAUGAUUCUGAAGAACGAGAAGGCACUCAUAUCAUACGUUUCUACCAAUAUGUUCCAUUCAUAUUAAUGUUACAGACCUUUGGCUUUUUCCUGCCAGGCUUCUUCUGGCGAAGUGGUUCAUCACAUUUUGGUGUAGCAUUACAAAAAUGUUUAGAUCAACUCAAUACAAGUCGUAAUUCACUCUCAGAAUCACCAUUGUACCGUCAGAAAUUAAUACGAAAUGUUGCUGCUCGUCUUGAUCACUAUUUUCGUAUGCGACCAAGAAAAAUCGUACCUAAGUUAACAAUAUUUUAUUUAUUUAUUAAAACAACUUAUGUAAUAAAUAUUGUUAUACAAUUAAUAGGCUUACAUUAUUUUAUGAAUUUUAAUUUUGAUAUCAAGAAUACAGUUGAACGUUUUCUUAUCUAUAGUAACACAGUACGUCAUGCAUCAUUACAAUUUCCGACUAAUGUUCUAUGUGACUUUAUUGUACGAUUUCUUGGCAAAAAUAAGCAUCGACAUACAGUUCAAUGUGUUCUACCGAUAAAUAUAUUCAACGAAAAAAUUUUUAUUUUUGCCUAUUUAUGGUUAAUAGUUUUAUUUAUAUGUACAACAUAUAAUUUAAUUGUACAAUGGAUUAUCUAUUUAUUAUUUCGUCGAGCUGAAAUUACUGCACCUCGUCGACGAGUACAUUGCACCAUACCAUCGAAAUCUACACUGGAACAAAAUCACGAUGAUGAAAUGACACAAAUCUCUAGUCAUCAGGCUCCAACAAGGAAAUUUACAGAAAAUUAUUUACAAUGUGACGGAAUUGUUAUAAUGCGUUUAUUAGAUGUGAACAUUGAUCUUGUUACGAUGAAUGAUCUAAUGGAUAAUUUAUGGGAGUUUUAUAACAAUAAUCCAUUUUAA